UUGACUUCCUCCAGGAGGUGUCCCAGGGAGUCACCCAGGCUGUGCUGAGCAGGGAGGCAGUGACACCACAGCCAGGGGACUCGGGGACCCCCUGCUCUUCCUCUCAGAGGGCACCAAAAUGAGGCAGAGCUUCUGGGAGCAGCUCGGGCUGGUUCUUGCCCUCCUACUCCAGAAUUUGGGCUCAGCUGUGACCAGAGAUGCCCCUCACAGCUGCUAUGGGGUUCCAGGCCUGCCAGGACUGCCAGGUGUGCCAGGCAAGGAUGGUCGGGAUGGGAUGAAGGGAGCCAAGGGUGACCCAGGCAUCCCGGCCACUCCGGCAACACAAGGACCCAAAGGCAUCAAAGGGGAACCAGGUAUCCCUGGCUUGCCUGGGAAGACUGGUCCCAUGGGUCCCCCUGGUGCCCCUGGAGAGCCUGGGAUGGUGGGAAUGCUUGGAGAGCCAGGUCUGCCAGGCAGCUACAAGCAGAACCACCAAUCAGCCUUCUCGGUGACCAGGCAGACAGCAGAGCAUCCCCCCAAGUUCAUCCCCGUGGUGUUCAACCACAUCAUCACCAACACCAACCAGGACUACAACACCACCACGGGCAUUUUCACCUGCAGCCUCCCUGGCCUCUACUACUUUGUCUUCCACACCUCACAGACAGCCAACCUCUGUGUCAUCCUCUCCAAGAACAGGGAGAGGAUGGCCAGCUUCUGUGACCACAAAACCAGCAGCCUCCAGGUCAGCUCUGGGGGGAGCCUCCUCCAGCUGGCUGCUGGGGACCAGGUCUGGCUGGAGGUCAAUGAUUACAAUGGCAUGGUGGGCAUGGCCAACUCUGACAGCAUCUUCUCAGGCUUUCUGCUCUUCCCAGACUAGAGGACCACCAGAGCAUCCCAUCCCCCAGCACACCAACCCCUCCUGCUGCUGAUUCUCCGGAUUUCUCUGCUAUGUGGGAAGCUCCAGUGAGGGGACCCAAGCCCUGAGUGCAGCAACCACUGCCCAAGGAGCACAGGACCCUCUGGAUCCCCACAGGUGAUGCUGCCAAGCCCCCAGGUCCUGCUGGUACUGCCACCUGCGCCCAUCUGGAUAAGCUCACAUCACCUUCUGCUGGCAGAGCCUGAUGUCUCUCUGCUUCUCUCCCUUCCCACCUGGGUGCUGCCAGGGACACAGAGGUGACCUGGAGCACAGGAUUGCAGCAGCACCUUCACCAUCACCCAACUGUAAAAAAAAAAAAGUCAAUAAAACC